GAAGAAGACCCGGAAGCCCUAGCAGCAGGGUAUUUGAUGCUGUGCUAUGGGUCUGCCUUAAUUUUGCUGAUCUUCUCUGACGAUAGGCUCCCCUUAGCCACCUUUUGACAUGCAAGGCUUUUACUCCAAGCUCAACUCGUCCCCCUCCUCGUCUCCCCUGCUGGGGGUGGGCCUCAGGGCGGACGGCGCUCGGGUGCCUCUGAGCUUGGCCGUGGAGGCAGAGAAAGCCCAGGCGCUCCUGCAGACGUUCAGCUCCGCCUCUCUGUUGGCUUCGGCCGGACUCGGGGUGUUCUGUGUGGUGGCGGAUCACGCCCUCCAGCUGUCUGCCAUACAGCAGCACCUGUGGCUGCGUGCUGCCUUGGACAACGCCACACAUGGAUUGGUGGGACUGUGGUCAUGGGCUGUUGUGAUUGGAUUGAGGAAAAAGAGUGAUUUAUAUGAAGUGCUCCUGGCAGGCCUCCUGGCAUCCGUUAUAGACUUGGACCAUUUCUACAUGGCCGGAUCUCUGUCUCUCAAGGCUGCCGUGUCGCUCCCCCAGCGGCCUCCUCUCCACUGCUCCUCCCUUAUCCCCGUAAUAUGCCUCACCCUCCGCUUCCUGAUGUGGCUUGGCCGCCUCAAAGACGCUUGGUGCUCCUUGCCGUGGAUGCUCUUCAUUUCCAUGACGUCUCACCACGUGCGGGACGCCGUGCGCCAUGGCCUGUGGGUGUGCCCGUUCGGCAACACGGCGCCGGUCCCCUACUGGCUGUACGUCAGCAUCACGGCGACACUUCCGCACCUGUGCUCCGUGCUCAUGUACCUGACGGGAACCAGGGACGUGAUCUCAACCAAACAUGGCGUUGCGAUCGACGUGUAGAUGCGUCAGUAAACCCUGGAGGAAAAACAUUGUUGACAGUUUGAAACAUUCAAAUACUUGAAGUGACUGAAAAAAACUUUCCAACACUUGAAAGAUUAAGAUGUUUUUUUUUUGUUUUUUAUUUAUUUCAGAACAGUUUUACAAAUCAAACAACUAUAUUUAUAGUUCCAGUCAGACUUGUACAGAGCCACAUGAGCAUUGGGGUAGCCUGAUGAUUCAGUCUGCUCCUUUAAUAAUAAUAAUAAUAAUAAAAAAACAGAACUGAAUGCAGAAGUUUAAAUUUGUUUUAGAUUAUUAUUAUUUUCUUAAAUCCACACAGGAUCGUAAAUACACAUGUUCACCUCCUCGUGAUAUCAACCAGGUUCUGGAUGGAUUUUGACUUCUCUUCUUUUCAAGAGCGGUAGAUAAUUCAAAUAUCUUUGCUUGAUAUCAUGGACCCACCUUCAUGUAUUGCAAAAAUUUUUAAAUAUUGUUUAGAUCAGGGCCACAAACAGUUUGUCCUCAUAAACACCCCACAUUUGUCCAAGUUUUUUGGCUGGAGCUUAACUUAGAAAUUACCUUUCUGUGCAAUUCUGCUUGAUUCUAAUCUCACUUCAGUUGUCUGCCUGGGUUUUCUCCCAUUCACCUGGAUUUCUCUGGUAGAAUUCAACUCUGCCAAUCAGAAAACAGAAGGAAAAGCUGUGAACAGUGAAGCCGAUUUACUCUUUGCAGUAGAAGAUGGUUGCUCAUUGACAAAUGAUUUCAGCGGAGGCAGUUUCCUGUAAGCUUCAUUGCGUCAAAUAGUUGCAUUACAUAUAUCAUGGCCAAAUGUUAGCGAUUGGGUAAAAUUUAAAAUCUCAAUGGAGUCGAUUUCUCAAGUAGCAGAGGGUCCAGACCAUCUUUAUGAAGCAAGAUGUAUAACAUAGGGCUGGUCUUUGCCAGGCCCGGAAUUUGAAAGAUGCUGUCUUGAUCUCCAUUCUCUUUGAUAAUGUAAAACUUGCCUCAUUCUGGACAGUGACACUGGUCAACCACUUUUCAGUUGGUAAAAGGUCCUAAACAUUGAGCAUUGCUCCUAAACUUUCUAAUAUUUUAUCUCAAGAUGACAAUUUGGGUCAGAUGAUUGAAACUUUGACUAGGACAGGUAUCCCAAACACACAUCACAAGCUGCUUUUGGAAGACCAACAUUUGGCUUCUGGAUUGGCACAAACCAUAAUCUUGUUAAAAGGCAAUCAGUGUAAAAAGGUAUACAUUUCAGAAAAAAAUGUUCUAGAUAUGUGACAAAUAUUUUUGGGAGAGUAUGUAUACAUUUGAGCUUGUAAGUAAAGCUUUAGUCCUCUGGAUUCAAGGAAAUACAAAAUUCUUUAAGUUGCUGCAGUUCUGUUGUUUGGUAAUUUCACUUUGUGAAAUGAACAGAUCAAAUACAACACAACACAAUUUUGAAUUUUUAUGCUUAUGAGUUGAAGUACAUCUCUGACCAGAACUGUAUUAUCUUUUGAGUAAAGGAACAUUCCAAAAUGGGUGCCAAUCUUGGAUUAUUAUGAAAUGUCUCUUUGUGGAUACGUGUAUUUAAAUCUGCAUCUGCAAAGUAAUUUUCUCUGAAGUGACUCUUUUUCCAGUGACUGUUUUAUACCAGCUUUGACACAUUAGAAAUUACCAACAUUUGGGCUUUGAGAUUCUAAAAGUAUGGCAGAGAAGAAAGUAUAAAAUACGUUUGUUUGUUUUUUUCCAGUCUGGUGACUAGGAGCUGUGCUUUGUCACCCUUUGCUGCCCUCUACAGGAGUUACUGGUCACUUCAGCCCAUUUCGUCUGAUCAGGCCGUUCAGCCAUAUGGAUUGUAUGAUCAGUAAUUUUUGUGGUUGUGUCGGCGGGACUUUGUAAAAACCUUAGUUUAUGUUGACACUGAUCUACACCAAUCGGUGAGGAAUUUUACAAUUCAGACUCAACAACUCAAGGAAAAGCCAACCAAAGGUCGACCACAGGCUGUUUGAAACUCACACACAAUGUGUCCCGAUGGAGAUAGUUCAGAUUUCAGAGCACAUGUAUAGAUUUUGAAGAUUUUCUGUCUGACUUCAACCAAUGACGUCCAUUUUAAUCACCACUACACAAAAUUGCCUAUAAUAUGUAAGUGUUAUAUUUGUCCCUUCACCUGACUCUUCAUUGUGAUGCUUGAAGAAGCCAUUCUAUCUAACCAGCAGAAACUUGCUACUGUCUGAGCCUUUUGUCUUUUUGGCUUUCAGUGCCAUCUUCUUCAGAUAAGGACUGUUUCACUCUUCUGAUUGUUUGCUUGGAACAUUUAAGCAUUUGGUGAUUUUGGCAAUCACAAAUUUGAAAUAUGCUGGAUUUUUAUUUUACUUUUUGAGUUGGGUGUUCGUAACAUUUUCACAUGUUUUAUUGGCUCAAAGGAACAUUCACAUUACUUUCAUCAAAAACAGUUAAAAAAUGAAAAAAAAAAAAAAACAUUUACAGGUUGUCUAGUGAAAUAGAUGUACAGUGAAAACACAUUCCUAAGCAGUAUUAUUAACACUAGAAUUUUGCAUAACAGUGAUGGGAUUGAGCGGUGUGAUGUUUGAUUGUAAGGUAUCAUAGGUACAAUGUAUUUCUCCCAUGCUGUGUGUAUUAUAAAUGUAAACUUUUCAAGCAAGUUGUGUUUUUUUGUUUUGUUUGUUUGUUUGUUUUUUGGGGGUUUUUUGCCUUCUUUUGGAUUGAGAAAGUGGAUGUAUUAAUGUCCCUUGCCCACUAGAGGGCUCUUGCGGUUUACAAAUUACUGCUAAAAGUUUCUUUUCAUAACUUCUUUUCGAAACUUAAUGUUUUGCAACAUUAAGUUUCGAAAAUAAUACAAGAACAAUUGAGGGAAAGUUAGAUUGAAUUUUCACAGCUUAUUUUAUAUAUUUAUAUUAAAAAAAUAUAUUUUUAUUGCAUGAGAGUAUCUGAUUUGUAUCUGUCUCGUUUUGUUGGUGGCAUCAUUAAUAUUUGAAUGACAGACAUCCUUCAUGUUUGUUGAGGUACUCUGAACAUUAGUAGAGAAUAAUAGUUGCUUAACACUGGAACUUUACCUUAAAACUAAAGAAAGAUCUGAGCACUGCAGGUGUUUUUGUCACAUAUUGCUGCACCAGUGGGUGUGAAAAAUGUGUUUGUGGUAUAAAUGUAUUUGAAUUUGCUAUUUAAAAUGCAUUUUUUUCGAGUAAAAUAUUUUACUGCUGCUUUUUUUUAAUCUUUGUCUGAUUUUGAUUUGUUCUAUAUUUGCACUUUUAAGUUUUUAAAAUGUGAAAUAUACUUAAUUUUUGUUUGAGUGCUUUUGUAAGGUAGGGGUCUUUAGUAUUAAGAACAUAUGCAGAGCACCUAGUUAAUUCUAAUGUUGUUCUUUUAUCUCAAUAAAAGAUAUACAUAAAUAUGA